GUAGGUGAAUGGUCAGAAUCUCCUGAAUCCUGCGCGUUUUGGUUAGGACGCUGAGGGGUUGCUAGGCAACGGUAAGCGGCGGGUUUUCGGCUCGGAGAUUGGAACGGGUUUUAUCAUGUCCGCCAUCAGCAGCCUGGUGCCCUCUCGCUUCCUCACACUCACGGCUCAUCUGGUCAUCGUCAUCAUCAUCUUCUGGUCAAGGGAUAAUAAUGUCCUUGCCUGCUUACCCAUCGACUUCACACCGCAACAGUAUUCAUCCCGGGAUACAGAGUUAAUCGUGGCUCUGUCGGUGACCCUCGGGCUGUUUGCUAUCGAGUACGCCGGCUUCCUAUCGGGCGUGUCCAUGUUUAAUAAGACCCAGAGCCUCCUGUCCCUGGCCGCUCACUGUGCAGCCUCUGUCAGCCUGUCCCUCUUUGUCUCUGAGCAAUGGGAGUGCACCUCCUACUGGUAUAUCUUUGGAUUCUGCAGCGCCCUGCCGGCAUUCACAGAGAUUAUUAUCUUUAUUGCCGUGAUUGGAUGGAAAAGAAAACCUCUGUAAUGAUUUCGGGUUCCCAAAUGGAUACCGAGGGCUGCCCAGCCUUAGGGUGAAGACACACGGAGCUACUAGUAGCAGCUACUUGUCGUGGCUAC